GAAAUUAUUACAAGAAGAUUACUUGAUAAUUUAACAUGACGGUAGAUGUUUGCUUGAGAAAUGAAACCGUGGAUUAUUUCAAUAGAUUUCUAACGCUAGUGAAGAAUGUACGCUUGAGGAAAUAUUUUGUGUUUUUCUGCUUGGUGACGUCAUUGUGCUUGGGUUACUUAAUGCUGAGGUAUAACAACUCCAAUGUUUUGUUCAUCGACAAAAUUGUUCAGAUUAUUCACGUGGGUGACGUAAUGACAGGUUACCAUAAACAGCCCAGCCAUGACACCGUUUCAAGUGUAGAGAAACUUCUAGAAUUCAGAGCCAGAUUGGCCGUUAGAUUGAAUAAAACCGUCGCUAUGGACGCUACGAAGGUGGAGUGUGCACAAAUAGCUAGAGAGCCGAGGUUAGCGUGGCGCAGUCGGCCAUCUUUAAACGGCAGCUUUACGGCAGACGCGGACCACGCAUGGAUGACUUUAGUUCGAGACAAGUGCCACGCCCUUUGGUUACCUGAGUUCCUGAGUAAACCACCUGUGCCCUUUUUGUACGAGUUUGAAAAGAUGUACGUGCUGGACCCGCCCAUAGAAAACCUGACACAAGUCUCAAGUCAUAAGUCAUCUACAGUCAUCUUGCUAAACAACAGCCAAACCUUCACCGUGGGUGACACCAUCGCUCUCCGUGUGGAGGUCAAGGACCAGGAGGGUCAGCCAAAGGUCAAAGGUGGCGAUGAGAUGAGAGCCUGGUUCCAGGAUUUGGAUCACGACAGCAAACUGGCAGGUCAGGUGACAGAUUUGAACAAUGGAACUUACCUGGUUACAGCUGUUCUACCUUGGGAAGGUCGGCUCAGGGUCACCAUACACCUGGCUUACUCCAGAGAAUUUUUUACUGCUCUGCUUACAAGUCACCUGAUGAUAAAAGGAUAUAAACAAGCAGUUGGCGGGUUUGUGAGCUCACAGGCGAGUGAGGCAACCCUUUGCCACAACACUGACGUCCUCCCAGGGUACACCCAGGGGGAGGUCUGUAACUUGACGUCAUCGAACGGGUCCCCGUGGUACUGUGGACGCCCAGUGAAGAAAGAGUUGAACUGUUCUCACUACAUACACACAAGGUUUUUACCGGAUACUACUGUAGCACCUUUAACAGACACGGAGCAGACGAUCUUGCAGAAAAAAAUUGGCUCCGGUUUCAUAAACUACGACAACAAAGCUGAUGUGCACUUUGUUGUAUUAAAUAGGACCCAAACAACUGGUGUGAAAGUAGACACGACACCUGACCGGCUGAUCCCACCAACACCAUGUAACCAGGUACCACCACGACACACCUGGGCUCAACCUGAACCAACCGGCUAUUUUUACAAAGGUCACUGGCAGCCAUUGCUGUGUCGUGUAAAGGAGGACAACUCAAGCUCGUGUUUUAAAAACGUCUCGUUUUUAUUGCUGGGCGACUCCAAUGGACGCAGCCAUUAUUAUAUAAUAGCAAAACUAUCUGGAUGUGCGAAUGUAAUCAACGCCACCAGCGAAAAGUGGCACAAACCUCUGCUGUGUGUACAUCAAGCCAACAACUUCUCCAUAAAAUGGCUCCCACACUCAAACCCUUUUUUGUCCUACUCGACCGAGUGGUCCUCCCCACUGAAGGACCUGAUCCCUUCCAGUUACGCAAUCGACCAGAUCCCCAUGACAGGCCGCCAUAUUGUGUACAUCAACCACUACAUCCAUCUGACCAGUCACCAUCUCAGCGCUUACGUCAACAUGAUGACCGACAUCAAACUUGCCAUUGAUCGAUUGAUUCAGAGAAAUCCUAAUGUGAUUGUUGUUUUACAGGGUCCUCAUGUUGCAAAUAGAAAGAGUGCCUACAGCUUUGCCGAUGUUGUCCGACCUUUCAUGAUAGAAAUCCAGAGGGAUGUUUUUAAAGACCUGCAGGAUCACGUGAUCUAUCUACCUGUAUCAGACAUGAGCAUCGCCUGUCAGAAUCAAGACACGCACCCGACUAUCCCAGUCAGGCUGGAACUAGCCAAAGUGCUGCUGGGGUUAAUCUGUGAUAGGUGGCAGCAGUAUGACACGCCCACCGUGUUAGUACACACCAAGGUUGUACACAUCUUUCACGUGGAUGACGUCAUGAAAAGUGGGGAAACACAGCCCAGCCAUGACACCGUUUCAAGUGUAGAGAAACUUCUAGAAUUCAGAGCCAGAUUGGCCUUCAGAUUGAAUAAAACCGUUGCUAUGGACGCUACGAAGGUGGAGUGUGCACAAAUUGCUAGAGAGCCGAGGUUAGCAUGGCGCAGUCGGCCAUCUUUAAACGGCAGCUUUACGGCAGACGCAGACCACGCAUGGAUGACUUUAGUUCGAGACAAAUGCCACGCCCUAUGGUUACCUGAGUUCCUGAGUAAACCACCUGUGCCCUUUUUGUACGAGUUUGAAAAGUUGUACGUGCUGGACCCGCCCAUAGAAAACCUGACACAAGUCUCAAGUCAUAAGUCAUCUACAGUCAUCUUGCUAAACAACAGCCAAACAUUCACCGUGGGCGACACCAUCGCUCUCCGUGUGGAGGUCAAGGACCAGGAGGGUCAGCCAAAGGUCAAAGGUGGCGAUGAGAUCAGAGCCUGGUUCCAGGAUUUGGAUCACGACAGCAAACUGGCAGGUCAGGUGACAGAUUUGAACAAUGGAACUUACCUGGUUACAGCUGUUCUACCUUGGGAAGGUCGGCUCAGGGUCACUGUACAGCUGACCUACUCCAGAGAAUUUUUUACUGCUCUGCUUACAAGUCACCUGAUGAUAAAAGGUUUCAGACAAACUGUUGGGGGGUUUGUGAACUCACAGGCGAGUGAGGCAACCCUUUGCCACAACACUGACGUCCUCCCAGGGUACACCCAGGGGGAGGUCUGUAACUUGACGUCAUCAAACGGAUCCCCGUGGUACUGCGGACGCCCUGUGAAGACAGAGUUGAACUGUUCUCACUACAUACACACAAGGUUUUUACCGGAUGCAGCUGUCGCGCCUAUAACAGACACGGAGCAGACGAUCUUGGAGAAAAAAAUGGGUUCAGGUUUCAUAAGCACUGACAGAUUUCAACUCCUUGUACUGAAAAGGAAGGAUUUAAAAGGUGAGAAAGUAGACCCGACACCUGACCGGCUGAUCCCACCAACACCAUGUAACCAGGUACCACCACGACACACCUGGGCUCAACCUGAACCAACCGGCUAUUUUUACAAAGGUCACUGGCAGCCAUUGCUGUGUCGUGUAAAGGGGGACAACUCAAAUUCAUGUUUCAAAAACGUCUCGUUUUUAUUGCUGGGCGACUCCAACGGACGCAGCCAUUACUAUACAAUAACAAGCCUAUCUGGAUGUGCGGAUGUAAUCUCCGCCACCAGUAAAAAGUGGCACAAACCCCUGCUGUGUGUACAUAAAGCAAACAACUUCUCUAUCAAAUGGCUGCCACACUCAAACCCCUUUCAAUCCUACUCAACCGAGUGGUCCUCCCCACUGAAGGACCUGAUCCCUUCCAGUUACGCAAUCGACCAGAUCCCCAUGACAGGCCGCCAUAUUGUGUACAUCAACCACUACAUCCAUCUGACCAGUCACCAUCUCAGUGCUUACGUCAACAUGAUGACGGACAUCAAACUUGCCAUUGAUCGAUUGAUUCAGAGAAAUCCUAAUGUGCUAGUCGUUUUACAGGGUCCUCACAUUGUAACAAGACAGAGUGUCUACAGCUUUGCCGAUGUUGUCCGACCUUUCAUGAUAGAAAUCCAGAGGGAUGUUUUUAAAGACCUGCAGGAUCACGUGAUCUAUCUACCUGUAUCAGACAUGAGCAUCGCCUGUCAGAAUCAAGACACUCACCCGAUUUACAAAGUGGCAGAGGAUAUAACCAAAGUACUGUUGGGUACAGUCUGUGAUAGAUGGAAGUAG